UUAAUAUCUCAGUUCACGAAAUAGAGCAGCAUUUUUUCUUGUCCAAUCUUAAUUUUUACAUUAAAACACAUCGCUUGAGUAUAUUUUAUCAAGAUUUGAAGUGAACAGUGUAUUCUUAACAUUUAUUUCCGAACGCUUGUUCGGCUGAACUCGACCUUACAUACAGAGUAUAAGGAACAGAAGUGUUCGCAGGGAAACAAGCGCCAUAAUGACUGUGAAAGGGACACUUGAUGAUUUGUAAUAAAAAAUAGACGAGAGUAUCGCAACAACGCUAAUUCCGAUUGUCUUUUAAAAUCCCGUCAAUAGUUAUCUCUUCUGUUAGCGCACAGAGUUUCGUGAGGAAGUAGGUGGGAACCAGGAGAAGAGAAAUUGUGAUAUCAAUUUGUGACUCUAAACAAUGAGAAUUGAAAAAAGAAAAUCUAGGAAUUUGCCAAGAAUGCCUCUAAAGCAUACCUCAAAAGACACAGAGAUCCUGUGGUCUGAUAUAGCCGGUCGCAUUUUAGUAAAUGCAAUCUCCUAUCCUAUUGAAUAUGCUAAGGUUUUGAUCCAGAUCGGAUAUGAGCCUAUUCCACCCAAACCAACUGUAACAUUGUUUGGAAAGCCUGCAUUGAAACUACCAAAUGCUUUUACAUAUAUUAAACACAUAAAGAGCUUGGAUGGCUUUACAGGCUGCUAUAGAGGCUUAGUACCCAAGGUAUGUUCCUACACAAUAAGUACAAUAGCGUGCGACAAGACUUUAGAAUAUCUACAGUCGAACUCAGUGGAACAGAAUGAGGAUGAAGAUGAUGGAGAUGAGACAGUGAGACGUAAAAGAUGCAUGAAUGAAAUCAUCAGGGAUGUGAUCAGUAGAACAGUCGCGAUCAUAGUUAGUCAUCCUUUGGAAGUCAUUUCAUUAAGGAUGAUGGCACAAUUUGUGGGUAGAGAGACAAAAUAUAGUAGCCUAUUUGGUUCGUUCCUGGAGAUUUACAAGGAGAAUGGGAUCCUAGGUUAUUACGCAGGAUUGAUACCGCGUAUAAUAGGAAGUGCUGCAGUUAUAGUUUUAACUGGCAUCUCUACAUACGCUAUAAACAAUUACGUUAUACAGGAGCCAGCGAUGAAGCCAUAUACUGCAUCAACCAUGAAAUUUGUAGCUACAACUGUUAUGUACCCGUUCUUAGUGGUAUCUCACUGCAUGACAGUAAAUGACUGCGGAUUGGUAGCUGGUCUUCCACCAUACAUGCCGAUCUAUAAGAACUGGCUGCAUUGUUGGACUCAUCUGUCGACUCAUAAUCAGCUGAAGAGAGGCAGCAGUCUGUUAUGGCGUUACUAUACUGGACCGCAAAUGCUGUUGAAUGGCAAGCUGAUACCAAUUAUGGGCAAUAACUUUUAUCAGCCUAGUUCGUAAUGAGUGUCUUAAAUGUAUAGAUACAGCCAUAUAAAAGGGAAAAGAAAAAAGAGAAAAUUUGGUUUCAACGAAUUUAUAUAGCAAGAUCGUACAAGAAUUUGCGUGCACUAAACAUUCUUGUAAGAUCAAAAGUCAUUAUCAAUACAAAAUAAUAGAAAAAAGAAGAUAAAUCCAGUUAGGAUCAAUCGAGAUGACUGUAGUUGAAAGGUAAUCGUAAUUAAAUAUCAUUGCAACAUUUUGUAAUGAGAAAGUCAACAUUCAUUAAAUCUUCAAUGUGCAUUUAUAAUGAUUACGAGAUUAAUAGAUGUUUCUUAUUACACACAUAUACGCACGCACGCACGCGCGCGCAUACACACGCGCGCGCACGCACACACACACA